AUGGCCGGAAUCGAGAGACUCCAGCGGAUGCUUGGCGGCGCCGGCGGCGGGUUCGGGCAUCCCCCGACCGAUGGCCCCGCCGUUGACUCGUCGGAGCAGGUCUAUAUUUCAUCGCUCGCCCUUCUGAAGAUGCUUAAACACGGAAGAGCUGGAGUUCCCAUGGAGGUCAUGGGUCUGAUGCUUGGAGAGUUUGUGGACGACUAUACUGUUCGUGUCGUGGACGUCUUUGCGAUGCCGCAGAGUGGUACUGGCGUCAGUGUUGAAGCUGUCGACCAUGUUUUCCAGACUAACAUGCUCGAUAUGCUCAAGCAGACUGGGAGGCCGGAGAUGGUUGUUGGAUGGUACCAUUCUCAUCCAGGAUUUGGAUGCUGGCUCUCUGGUGUUGAUAUUAACACACAGCAGAGUUUUGAAGCUUUAAAUCAACGGGCAGUUGCUGUUGUGGUGGAUCCUAUUCAAAGUGUGAGAGGGAAGGUCGUGAUUGAUGCCUUCCGUCUCAUCAACCCUCAGACGAUGAUGCUCGGCCAGGAACCCAGGCAAACAACUUCCAAUCUUGGGAAUCUCAACAAACCAUCCAUUCAGGCGUUGAUCCAUGGACUGAAUAGGCAUUACUAUUCAAUUGCCAUUAACUACCGGAAAAAUGAACUUGAGGAGAAAAUGCUUCUCAACUUGCACAAGAAGAAAUGGACUGAUGGAUUGACUCUCAGGCGGUUUGAUGGUCAUUCAAAAACCAAUGAGCAGACUGUUCAGGAGAUGUUGAACUUAGCAGUCAAGUAUAACAAGGCAGUGCAAGAAGAAGACGAGCUUCCACCUGAGAAGCUUGCUAUUGCAAAUGUGGGACGACAAGAUGCCAAAAAGCACCUUGAAGAACACGUUUCUAAUCUGAUGUCGUCCAACAUCAUCCAGACUCUCGGCACCAUGCUUGACACAGUUGUCUUCUAA